CCCCCAGCCCAUUCUCCUGGGGGCGCUGGUGUGUGUAUGUGGAGCGACCAGGGCUGCCCAGGUGGCGGAGGGGAGGGGCAAGUGGGACAAUUUGCCCCAAGUCCCUCAGGAGCCCCCACCAGAAUAUAGUAUUCUAUAGUAUUGCAACUUUUUUUUUUUAAUGGAAGGGGCCCCUGAAAUUGCUUUGCCCCAGGCCCCCUGAAUCCUUUGGGCAGCCCUGGGAGUGACUUGCUCAUUACCGCCUUCUGGGCCAUGCAAGAAGUGGGGGGUAGGUAGGGAGGCCUCUCCCCCCUGGGGUCAUUCACAAAGGAGAGGUAACAGCUGGAUGAUGAUCCCCAUAGAUGCACUUGCAGAAUCCGCGCCAUAAACCCUGUCUGCACUGGCAGCAUUAGGACCUGUAAUUCACUAUUGGUGCAGCCCCGCUGGUGGAAACUGGGAUUAAACUGAGGCUAUGUACACAUUACAUCUUACCUCGAUGUGGGAACAUGGCCACUAAAAAAUUAAGAAGAGCAGGGUUAUCUCAGGAACUUUGUGACAGGCUGAGUCGGCAUCAGAUCACUACCUGUCGGGACUUUCUGUGUCUUUCACUCUUGGAGUUAAUGAAAGUGACCGGGCAAAGUUAUUGGAAUGUACAGAAACUUCUUUGCAAAGUCAGCUUAGCUUGUGCUCCCAAAAUGCAGACUGCUUAUGAGAUGAAAAUGAAAAGGGCUAUCAAUCCAUCCUCAGCCUUCUUCUCCACUACCCUAGAUGGUUUGGAUAAAGCCCUGCAUGGUGGAGUGGCCUGUGGAUCCCUCACAGAGGUAACUGGCCCAUCGGGUUGUGGCAAAACUCAGUUUUGUCUUAUGAUGAGUGUACUGGCUACUCUGCCUAUCAGCAUGGGAGGAUUAGAUGGGGCUGUCAUAUACAUUGACACAGAGUCUGCAUUUGGUGCUGAAAGGUUGGUUGAGAUAGCAGAACACCGUUUCCCUAAUUAUUUUGGCACAGAAGAAAAGUUGUUUUCAAUGACCCGUAGCAUUCAUCUCUAUCGGGAGCUCACCUGUGACAGUGUGCUGAAAAGGAUUGAGACUUUGGAAGAAGAAAUCAUUUCUAAGAAGGUUAAGCUUGUAAUAAUUGACUCUGUUGCUUCAGUGGUCAGAAAGGAGUUUGAUAUGAAACUUCAAGGAAACUUGAUGGAGAGAAGUAACUUUCUGGCUAGAGAAGCAUCAUUAUUGAAGUACUUGGCUGAGGAAUUUUCAAUACCAGUUAUCUUGACAAAUCAGAUUACCACACGGCUGAGCAGUGGCCUUGAUAUCCAGGCAGACCUGGUGUCUCCAGCUGAUGACUUGUCCCUGUCUGAAGUUUCAGGAGCCUCUGGGAGCAAGGACAGGGAACCUGGCUAUGUGACAGCAGCACUGGGGAACACAUGGAGUCACAGCGUCAACACCAGGCUCAUACUACAGUAUCAUGACUUGCACACAAGACAGGUCCUGGUUGCUAAAUCUCCCGUUGCUCCAUUCUCAGCUUUUUUCUACACCAUUGAAAAUUCUGGUCUGGUUCUUCAAGAUGGGGACACUGAGGUACAGAAGACCACUCAUCCCCUAUGUAACUCAGUGGAGUCACAGCAAGGAUGCAUUUGUCUCAGAGAAGAUGGAAAGGACCAUCCAGAUGCCAGCUGGGAAGGCUCCAGUCCUGUACUGCAGGCCAUAAGAGUGAGGACCAAUAUCUUGAAAGAUGGCUUCCCCAGUUCCACUGCUGAGACCCUCAAGCUAGCACAACCCAUAUGAAGAAGAACGUGUCUCAGCUGGAGAGAAGCAUGACACAGAUAUUUUGCCAAAUGUGAUUUCUUUAAAUUUCUAUGAAGCAGUUUGUGGAAUUGCUUCUUCUUUUACCUCUGAACAGGGGGACUUUGAAUGUGGUUCUUGUUCUUUGUACAUGAGUAGCCAUAUUAUAUUUAGUGAUAUAAAAA